CGCAAACGUGCAGCCCAUUUUCGCACAGAACACUGUAGCUCGCGUGUUUGCAGUGGCAGAAAAGUUGGAAAAGCUCUUUUUACGAUAGUGUAUCGUCUCUAAAACCGUUGUUUUUGUAGUCAAUAACGUGUUGACUGCGCUUGUUUUCGCGGAGGACGUUUUCUCUGAAACCUUGAGCGACACAUUAAGGGGUCAACAUGGCCCAGUGGAAUCAGUUGCAGCAGUUGGAGACGCGGUAUCUGGAGCAGCUGUAUCACCUGUACAGCGACAGCUUCCCCAUGGAGCUCCGACAGUUCUUGGCCCCCUGGAUCGAGAGCCAGGACUGGGCGUAUGCAGCCAACAAGGAGUCUCACGCCACACUGGUCUUCCACAACCUGCUGGGCGAGAUCGAUCAGCAGUACAGCCGCUUCCUGCAGGAGAACAAUGUCCUGUACCAGCACAACCUGCGGCGCAUCAAGCAGCACCUGCAGAGCAAGUAUCUAGAGAAGCCCAUGGAGAUCGCCCGCAUCGUGGCCCGUUGCCUGUGGGAAGAGCAGCGUCUACUGCAGACGGCCACCACUGCACAGCAGGAUGGCCAGGUUGCCCAUCCCACUGGCACUGUGGUGACAGAAAAACAGCAGAUACUGGAACACAAUCUGCAGGACAUCAGGAAGAGAGUACAGGACAUGGAGCAGAAGAUGAAGAUGUUGGAGAAUCUGCAGGAUGAUUUUGACUUCAACUACAAAACUCUUAAGAGUGCUGGAGAGCUGUCCCAGGACCUUAAUGGAAACAGCCAGGCAGCAGCCACCAGGCAGAAGAUGUCUCAGCUGGAGCAGAUGCUGAGUGCUCUGGAUCAGCUCAGGAGGCAAAUAGUGACCGAGAUGGCAGGCCUGCUGUCUGCCAUGGACUUUGUGCAGAAGAAUCUGACAGACGAAGAGCUGGCCGACUGGAAGAGGAGACAGCAGAUCGCUUGCAUCGGAGGCCCACCAAACAUCUGCCUGGACCGCUUGGAGACAUGGAUCACUUCUUUGGCUGAGUCGCAGCUGCAGAUAAGACAGCAGAUCAGAAAACUGGAGGAGCUUCAGCAGAAGGUCUCAUACAAAGGAGACCCCAUUAUUCAGCACCGUCCAGCUCUGGAGGAGAAGAUCGUAGAUCUGUUUCGCAACCUUAUGAAGAGUGCAUUUGUUGUCGAGAGACAGCCUUGCAUGCCCAUGCACCCUGACCGACCCCUUGUCAUCAAAACAGGAGUUCAGUUUACCACCAAAGUCAGGUUACUUGUGAAAUUCCCAGAGUUGAAUUACCAGCUCAAAAUCAAAGUGUGCAUUGACAAGGAGUCAGGUGACGUGGCAGCCAUUCGAGGUUCACGCAAGUUCAACAUCCUUGGCACUAACACUAAGGUGAUGAACAUGGAGGAAUCCAACAAUGGCAGCCUGUCAGCAGAGUUCAAACAUCUGACUCUACGAGAGCAGAGGUGUGGUAAUGGAGGCCGAACCAAUAGUGAUGCCUCUCUAAUAGUGACCGAAGAGUUGCAUCUGAUCACAUUUGAGACAGAAGUCUACCACCAAGGACUUAAGAUUGACCUUGAGACGCACUCUCUCCCGGUGGUGGUCAUCUCUAAUAUCUGCCAAAUGCCAAACGCAUGGGCCUCCAUCCUGUGGUACAACAUGCUGACCAACCAUCCCAAGAACGUGAAUUUCUUCACCAAACCUCCAGUAGGAACAUGGGAUCAGGUGGCGGAGGUGCUCAGCUGGCAGUUCUCAUCCACAACCAAGAGAGGACUUACCAUUGAGCAGCUCACCACACUUGCAGAGAAACUUCUGGGUCCCUGUGUCAACUACUCCGGUUGCCAGAUCACAUGGGCUAAGUUCUGCAAAGAAAACAUGGCAGGAAAAGGUUUCUCGUUCUGGGUGUGGCUGGACAACAUUAUUGACCUGGUGAAGAAAUAUAUUUUGGCCCUAUGGAAUGAAGGGUAUAUUAUGGGUUUCAUCAGUAAAGAAAGAGAGAGGGCAAUCCUGAGUCCAAAGCCUCCUGGGACGUUCCUGCUGCGCUUCAGUGAAAGCAGCAAAGAGGGAGGAAUCACAUUCACGUGGGUCGAGAAGGACAUCAAUGGUAAGACCCAGAUUCAGUCGGUUGAACCGUACACUAAGCAGCAGCUCAACAGCAUGUCUUUUGCUGAGAUCAUCAUGGGCUACAAGAUCAUGGAUGCCACCAACAUACUUGUGUCACCGCUGGUCUACCUGUACCCUGACAUUCCCAAAGAGGAGGCGUUUGGCAAAUACUGUCGCCCCGAGGCCCAUCCGGACACGGAGUUCCCUGACACAGGAUGUGUAACUCAACCCUACCUGAAGACCAAGUUCAUCUGUGUCACCCCGUGUCCUUCUGUCUUCAUGGACUUCCCGGACAGUGAGCUGCUUGGGAACGGCUUCCCUGGGACUAACUCUGGCAACACAAGCGAUUUGUUCCCAAUGUCGCCUCGUACCCUCGACUCUCUCAUGCACAACGAAGCCGCUGAGGCCAAUCCAGGACCUCUCGAAUCCCUCACUCUGGACAUGGAGUUGAGCUCUGAUCAUCCGUCACCCAUGAGAGAAGGGUUUGCAGCCUCCACAGUCUCGGAUAUGGACACCUGCCGAAAUGCUUAGUUUUCCACGAUUUUAGUUUAAUUUUUUUGUUUCCAUUGGGAAAAGCAAUUUUCAUGUACAUAGUGAGCUUAGGUGCUACAACUGCUUUCUCUCUCCGAGCCAAAUUUUGCAUUUCUUUUUUCGAUUUUACAGUCAGUCAAAAGUGCAAAGAAGCUAAAAUUUUCAGAUCAAACUUGACAAUACUGAAGUAGACUUUAAAAUGUAAAAAAAAAAAAUUGUUACACUGCAAAAAUGCUUUUCUUGUUUAGAGUUUUUGUCUUCUUUCUAGUCCAAAUAUCUACAAAAUCUUAAAGGGCAUCUAUUUGACCUCUUUUACAAGAUGUAAGAUAAUCUUUUGGGGUUUCUAAAAUGUGUCUGUAAAGUUUCAGCUCAAAAUACUCAACAUGAUUAUUUAUUAUAGCAUCCAGAAUCUGCCCAUUUUGGUGUCUAAAUACAGUGUAGCUGUUUUUGUAGCCUGUGUCUUUAAAUGCAAAUGAGCUACUUCUCCCCGCCCACCAAUUCCACAUGCGUGUCUGCUUCUAUUGCGCCCCAAAACUAGGGGAAAACAACAUGGGCAUAAUAAAUGGGGGAAAAAGUGUUGUGGAUGGUGGAUUUUUAAAACAAAACAAAAAACUUAAUGCAAAAGAUCAUCGGACACUCAGUUGAGAGUAAUUGAAUAGAUUUAUUAUAGAAAAAUAGUGGUUUAAUUGAGCAUCUCUUCAGGGUGGCCACAGGCCAAAAUAACAAACAAAGUAAAUCACAAAGAGUUGGAACAGAUAUUUCAAUCCCAGUUUCUUUGCAAAAUAUUUGUGUGUAUCCAUGUAUUUAUAGAAACAUGGUGCCUGUCAAUCAAUUUGGUGGGCGGGGAAAACUGCACUUCUACUUCACAUUGCGGUGGGCCUCAAAAUUACUGGGAUUUGGGUCCUAUUUCAAUGUCAGGAAAUUAAAAACAGAGACUUAUUGUCUUCAUAUCACUCCAAUAUGACAGUGGACACACUAUACCCACACACAGUUCUGUCCAAACAGCUUCCAAAAGUUGGUUUUCAUCAUAGGUGCCCUUUAAAUCAAGAAGCAUUUUCUAGACAAGUAAGAAAUAUUGUCUGUUUUCAAAAAUAGUUCGUCGAAAUUAAGUUGUAUUUUCUGUCAAACAAGAAAAAUAAUCUGCCAUUUGGGUAAGUUAAAUGUUUUCAGUUUGAAAUUAGUGUUUUACUUACCUCAUUGGCAAAUUAUUUUGCUUGUUUUGCAAAAAAAUUGAUCAUUUUGACUCAUUAUUUCGGAAAACAAAACAAUGUUUUUUACCUGUCAAGAAAAUACUAUUUAAUUUAAGAUUCUUUUUUAUAUAUUUGGACUAAAAUCGAGACCAAAACUAAGUUAAAAAAGCAUUUAAAUGUUUUAGUUUUUCAUCACAUGUUGAUAUGAAUGGUUUUAAACCUUAAAAGUGCUUUCAAAAUGUUUAAACUGCAGACUUUGGGCCAUGACUGUAUUGUUGCCACAACUAUUUUUUAGGAAUAUGGAAAAGCCAGUCAAUUGUAUUGCAAUGAAUGUCCAGUGUGUUCGCAGACAUGAAGCAUAUUUCGAGCUGUUGGCAUAUAGAGACGGUGAUUUGUUCUUCUGAAAUGAGUAAGCUUUACAGGAAUACCGAUAAACGGCAUGAUUUUCCAUCAUAUUGAACCUAAAACUGGAUUCAGAUGUUGAUUUGGCACUCAAGCAUCAUUAAACGGUCAGAUCAUAA